GCCAGCACCGGCAGCAUCGCACGCUAUACUGUGCGUUGAUUGCAUUAUUGCGUAGGUUAGUUUCGUCCGCUGUUCGCGUGGUUUAAAAAAAAAAGGGAAAAACGAGCGUCAUAACCUUUUUCGUAACACGUGUAGCAGUUUGAUUGAACGCGAGGACUGGUUGAAGAUCCAAGUGAUAUUUAAUUUCGUGAAAAGGAUCAACAAUAUUAUACAAACUUUAGAUUCGGAUAGUUCUAGAGUAUCUGCGCUACAUAACCCAAAGGCAGGAUUGAAGGUGCCUUUGCUCCUAAACGAACUAAACAAAACGAAGCAAUCUAGCAAAAGAAACGUGUGUAAGGUUAAAUAAGGUGACCUAAAGAACAAUAAUAAGUAAAACGUAGAAGAAGAUUUGUGUUAAAUAACUGAAGCUUCCAGUUGGAGACACGGCGAUAGGACUGCCUAUCCCAAAAUUAAAAGAUUGAAAUAAAAUCGAUUCACCGUUGACUUGAAGUCGAUAAAAAAAAAGAAUCAUGAGAAAUCUAACGGUUCACCAAGUAUAUCGUAGAAGUAUCGAUUUUAUGAGCGACGUAAAAGAUCUUCAAGAAUCUUUGCAUUGCGCUAUCAAUUCAAGUAACAACGAUGUGUACCUGUUAUUGCACAAUCACCUCUACGUAAUACCAUUUGAAGGAGAUAUUAUCGAUCUAGAUAUUGGUCCUUCUCUCAAAAUUGUUUCAAUGGAGUAUUGCACCACCCUGCAGGAAUUGUACUGUGCUUAUGAGUUUGGUGACGUUGUUAAAAUUGACAUAAAAGAUCCAACUCGUAUUGAUCAAAAUGUAGUAGGGAUUUUUGGUAAAGGCCUACAGUGUAUGAAAUUCAGUCCGGAUCAUGAACUCGUUGUUGUUGUAACAGGCAAAGGAAAUGUGAUCACUAUGGUAUUAGACUUCCAAAUAAUAUCAGAGGUAAAUUUAUAUUCAGAAAAGUUUGGGCAGUGUGAAUUUUUUAAUGCUGGUUGGGGCAAAAAAGAAACUCAGUUUCAUGGUUCAAUGGGUAAAGCAGCGGCUCGAGCUGAACCGGAAGAACUAAUCCCGAAUGAGCACGACGAUGGUGGUACUCGAAUUCGUUGGCGCGAAGACGGCGCGUUUUUCACUGUUAGUUUUCUGCAUAAGAAAACGAAAAUUCGAAGAUUUAAAGUAUUCAACCGAGAGGGUAUUUUAUGCUAUACCAAUGAACCGGUCAACGGAUUGGAGGAAUGUCUAGCUUGGAGUCCAUUGGGAAAUCUGCUUGCCGUAACUCAGACAGCAUACGAUAAAUAUGUUAUUGCAUUUUUUGAGAAAAACGGCCUUAAGUACUCGGAAUUUUUGCUGCCCUUUAAAGUUGGAGAAGUAAAGGUAAAAGAUCUGCUUUGGUCACCAGAUAUUCUGGCUGUUGUUUGUCACGAGUCAAAAACAAACGCUAAGCUGAUACAACUGUGGACUGAAAAUAAUUGUUAUUGGUAUCUUAAACAAACUCUUGUCUUUAAUGAAGCGAAUCCGUUGCUAUAUGUAACAUGGAGUAAUGUAACUAAUAAAAAGGAAUUGAUUUAUCUAACCAAAAAAGAAAUUACUUUCUGCUCGUUUAAUUGGUGCCUGGAUCAUAGCAGAGGCAAAACUGUGGAUGAUAGAGCUGUGUCUGGUGUUAUUGAUGGAAAUAAAAUAUUAGUCACUGCUUUCAAAGAUGGAGUUGUCCCACCGCCAAUGGCGCAUCAAUCUUUAGAAACUCAAGAGUCACAAAAUGCAAUUAUUUUUGGUCCAAAUAUUAAUAAGUCAGCCUUGGUAAACAGCAACGACUUCUUUACUAUUUCAUGCAAUAAUAAAUUGACGGUUUUUAAGCAGAAAAAGAAAUUUUCCACGCUGACAUAUGUAGCUGCAAACGUAUGUAGUAUUUCUUGUGACGUACUAUACGUUAUCGAAGAUAAAGCAUUAAAAAUUGAUGACCGCGAUUGCUUCAUGCAACAUUUCUUAUGGUUUACAGAGAACAUCAUGUUGUUCUCUAUAGUUACAAAAAACCACAAUCUCUUGUGUGUUUUAUCUCUAAAUGGCAUGCAUUCCAAUGAUUGUCUGAAAAUACGGGAAAUUCAUGUAAUGGAUUAUCCAAUAGAACAUAUAGUUUCUUCUCCCGAUGCAAAUACAGCUUACAUAAAAGUAAGAGAUCGAAUAUUUAAAUACACAAGAAACGGAAAACUUGAACAGACAGAUAUAACGUUAAGCGAACAGUGCGAGCAAAUAGAAGUUAUACAAAUUGAUUCGAAAGAUAUUAUCCUUGCUCUGUCUCUGGAAAAUAGUUUCUUGGUCGACGGAAAAGAAAUUGCUAAGAAUAUUACAAGUUUUUACGUACAUUCAGAUUUUUUGCUUCUUACGACACUGCAGUGCACAUUGAUUUGUGUCUUGUUGAACGAAGUUAAUAUAAGGCAGCUAAGUGAACGUGAUUUAACUAUCCAGCCCUGGGAUUUAAAUAUGAACGAGAUUUUAUUUGCUGGUAUCUACAUCAGGCGACUCGAAAAAGGUUCUCGUAUAAUAACGACGAUACCGUACGAAUCGAAAGUAAUUUUACAGCUGCCUAGAGGAAAUUUAGAAUGUAUACAGCCAAGGGCAUUAUCGGUGCAUAUACUAAAAUGUUAUCUGAAUAACUGUGAUUAUUUGACGGCACUUGCCAUAAUGACUAAACAACGUAUAAACUUGAAUUUAUUAUACGACCACGAUCCACAAUUAUUUCUGGAUAACGUGAAAAAGUUCGUAGAAGAUCUUGUACAGCACAAGAAGUUAAAUUGGUUGAGCCUGUUUUUGUCAGAAUUACAAAACGUCGAUGUCACCCGUACGAUGUACACGUUUUGUUAUGCGGAUCGCAACCCUGUCAAAUCUGACGAUAGAAGUAACGAAACUACAAUUAAUAAGGUAGACGAGAUUUGUAAAUUAUUAAGAGAUGCCAUGGAGAAACAUCAAGAUGCGGAUAAUUUAAUACAACCAAUAUUGAUAAGCUUGGUGAAAAAUCAACAAAGACAAGGAUUGGAAAAUGCACUUAGUAAAAUAAAGCAAGUGAAAAUGUUGGAGGAUUCACAGAGAUCAGAGUUACGUGAUUCUACCGUGUCCGCUCAUGGAGCGUUAAAGUGUUUACUGCAUUUCGUCACUAUCGAUACGUUAUAUGAUGUUGCAUUAGGCAUGUAUGAUUUAGAACUCGCAAAGUUUAUAGCGUCUGAAUCAUCGAAAGAAGAUCCCAAAGAAUAUAUUCCAUUCUUGAACAAUUUGAAAAAAUUAGACCCAAAUUACAUGAAGUAUUCUAUUAAUGUCCAUCUUAAACGUUACGAAUUAGCGUUAGAGAAUUUGUCUAAAGAUCCAACCAAGUUUGAGGAAUGCUUAAAUUUGAUACGUAAUCAUAAAUUAUACAAGGCGGCAAUAAAAUUGUUUGAGAAGAAUACUACAGAGUAUAAAAAGGUGGCUGAAGUUUAUGGAGAAUUCUUGUCAAGUGAAGGGAAAUAUGUGGAAGCUGGUAUGAUGUUUUAUAGAAGUGGCGAUCUUGACAAAGCUGUAGAAACAUUUAGUAUGUCAAGUGAUAAUUGGGAGGAUGUAAUCGCAAUAUCAAAAGAGAUGAAACUAAGCCCAGCAAAUUCACACAAACUUUAUAACACACUGGUUGAACGUUUGAAAGCAGAGCGGAAAUAUAAACAUGCAGCUAUAAUAUUAAAAGAAUAUUUAAAUGAUGCUGAAGAAGCAGUUGCGCUAUUAUGUGAGGGAAGAUCUUGGAAAUAUGCAAUACGAAUAAUAUCUGAUGUUCAACGUUUAGAUCUGAAUGAAACACAUAUUAAACCUGGAGUGAAGGAACACGCAGAACAUGUAAUUUCACAAUUGAGUAAAAUGAAGGAAGAUUUUCUGAAGUACAAGUCACGUCUUGCUAUAGUGAGAACAGAAAUUAAAGCAAAACAAACACAAAUACAAUUGUAUCAUGAAAAAACCUAUGGCGAUGAACCGGAAUCUAAUAAAGAAAUUCCAGAUUGCAUUAGUGACGCAAUCAGUAUCGCAGAAUCUGUUUCAAGUCAAAUAUCGCGGAUAUCUAUGUCUUCGAGCAAGAGCUAUCGGUCAAGUAAGAACCGUAGAAAACAAGAGAGAAAACUUUUCAGUUUAAAGGAAGGCAGCCGAUUUGAAGAUUUAAGCUUAAUACAUGCCCUUUACCAAAUUGUUAGCAAUGCGUACAAGGAUAGAGACGAUUGGUAUCAGCUGGUACAGGUACUAAUACGAUUCGAAUUUGAUGAAAGCGCAGAAAAGAUCAUAGUUGAAACAAGGGAGUUCUUUCAAUUAGUGGAAAGUAGUAAAUCUGAAAUUUGGGACAGAUCAGCUCCUACAAGUUUAGCUGACAUAGAAAAAAGUGAAAAUUAUACACAAGCACAAUUUCAAGAAAUGAUAGCACCUAUUAAAUUAAUAGAACGCUACAUAAUGUAUCCACCUGAGGUUGAUGCAGCAUCACGCGUGCUGACUAUUUUCUAACUUUUUUUUACAUGUGAAUUAAGUAUUUGAAAAAUAAGUGAAAAAUCGAUUUUUUUAAACAUUGCAUAUUUUUAAAAUACCAGUCAUGAAUAUAAGGAAGUUUUGUUACAUAAUAAAUAUAAGAUAUUAAUGUAAAAAUAAUUAAAUAUAAAGGCUUCUUUUUAGCUGAACUUUUUGCACGGUUUAGCUUUCCUCUUUUUUUUCAUAUUGGGGAGAAAACCAGAAGGUGAAUUGUACAAAAAGUUCAUCUAAAAAGAACAAGCCGUAAGAUAUUGAUGUAAAAAUAAUAGCAAUAAAGAUGAGUUAUAGUAA